GGAAGUAGCGGCGCGCAAGAGAGCCUGCAGUGACCGGGGCAACCUGCGGUGACCGAGCGAGGGGAAGGAGGUGCCGGCGGGUCGCUGCCACUCCGCGCCGGAGUUGGCGGUUAGAGGCGGGGCCGGAGCCCGGGACCGGAGUCAGACUUGCUUGGAUUCAACACUGCGAUUCCAACCAUGGGUUUGUCUGUAUCUACCCCUGAUGUUGCAGUUCAGACGUCAGAUCAUCAGACAGCAGCCCCGCCUUCGGGAUGCCCAAUGCAUGAAGGGAAAAUGAAAGGCGGUGCAGUGAGUGCCGAGCCAUCUGACCCAACCUGUGGGAGCAAAACGGACUCUGUGCCUGCGCACCAAGAACGUGCGUACGAGUACGUGCAGUGUCCCGUCACCGGCGCGAUGGCUGAGAAUAAGGAGAACCUAGAUCCUUCUAACCUGAUGCCACCACCUAAUCAGACGCCAGCCCCCGAUCAGCCGUUUGCACUAUCUACUGUGAGACAGGAGUCAUCUAUUCCGAGGGCAGAUUCAGAUAAAAAGUGGGUUUAUCCUUCCGAACAGAUGUUCUGGAAUGCGAUGUUAAGGAAAGGGUGGACAUGGAAGGAUGAGGAUAUUAGUCAGAAAGACAUGUAUAAUAUCAUUAGAAUUCACAACCAGAACAAUGAGCAGGCCUGGAAGGAAAUUUUGAAGUGGGAAGCCCUUCACGCUACGGAGUGUCCUUGUGGUCCAUCACUGAUCCGGUUUGGAGGGAAAGCGAAAGAGUAUUCACCAAGGGCGAGAAUUCGUUCCUGGAUGGGGUACGAGCUGCCUUUUGACAGGCACGACUGGAUCGUCAACCGUUGCGGGACAGAAGUCAGAUACGUCAUUGACUACUACGAUGGUGGCGAGGUCAACCACGACUACCAGUUCACCAUCUUGGACGUCCGGCCGGCUCUGGAUUCGCUCUCGGCCGUGUGGGACAGGGUGAAGGUCUCCUGGUGGCGCUGGACUUCCUAACCACUGCUUUGUCAGACAUGGGAAUAUAUAAACUAUUUUUUUUUUCUGAGCAAUACAUUAAACUACUUUCCCCAAACUGAAUUGCACUCCUGAUAUAAUGGGAGUGUCAAGGGGGUCAUCACACCUUACAUGUCACUUAGCAGAGGGCGCUCUGCACGUGCUCUUCUGAGCUCUGUUUCCACCUUGCAGUUGAUACUGCAUCAUUUUAAGUCGUCUUCCCAUUUAGAGAAGUGGGAAGCACUCCCUGUAGCAUUGCCUGUGUAUUUAAUCUAGAAAAGUCUGAACAACCUCCGAGAAAGACCUUUGCUUAAAAUAUGAAGAGAGCUGCUUUUUUCCUCCCUGUUUUCUCUUACAUACUGACACGUAGAUCUGAAAGCCCAUGGGAUGCUCAGGAGCUCUGACCUGGUCCAGUGUUUCAAUUAAAAGUGUUCCGUUACGCUUUUUAAAACGUCACCAACAUUUCUAAAGUCCCUGCGAUACAGUAGUGGCCCUGAGGGAAAUGCGCUCAGCCAGACUGAAGUGCGUCUGGCUCUGCACAUUUUCGCUUCUGUGACUUUUUCACACUGGACCUUGAUCUAGAAUAAUUUCAGCUCCCCCAUGACUUGAUGAUGCACGUGCAUUGGAGUAUAUGUUUUAACUUUUUAAAUAUUUUUGUUUUAAUUCCAAUUGUUCUGAUAUGUAACUCUGCCCGCCCCCCGCAAGCGGGCCUCACUGUACUGGCAUUUGACAACUUAAUCCCACCCUUGAGUCCCAUUCCUUCCCCUGCCUGAAGCCCUUCUCUGCUUGGCCUCAUCUGAACCAUGAAGGUCUGGCUGAAGUCGCAGUGCUGGGGACAGUCCCACUCUAAAACACGAUUAUAUUUUGUCCACUGUUGUUAGAAUUCACAAGGAGAAUGUUUUUCCCAGAUGUAGAAUGGUUGCACCAACUCACUGUCUCCGUUCACAUUUGUUUUUUUAAGGGAGCUCUAAGUUUGCCAUUGAAAUUCUUUAGACCAGUAAUCCAUACACUGGUUGUUCAACUUACAGCAGCAUGUUACAGAUGACUGUUGGUGGUUGUUUUGGGUUUUUUUUUAAAGUAUUAAUAAUAUGAACUCCUUUCAUUUGAGUGCUGUAGUGUUAAAUUAGUAGAUGGACUUAGCAGUUUGGAGUGAUCCAUUUGGUAUGAAUUUCAUUUGUUGUGUCUCUUUUGUGUGGAGUUUUAAAAAUCCAACAACCCUAAACUCUUCUACAUUUCAAAAUACUUGUGUGUUUUCAAAGAAAAUAAAGCUGAUAGUUAACAGGU